AUGAUUGCCGAGUGCAUGGGAGAGCAUACGCAUUGCACUCCAGUCUACAGACGGGGCCAAAUACCGCGCUACAUUGACAGAACUCAUAUGACAAAUCGACAAGACUCCGUCGGAAUGAUAUGCAGCCGUCGCAGUAGGAUGGCCUUGAAGCCGAGCGCCAAGAAGUAUGUCACCUUGUACCCGGUGCCGCCCAACACACCGUACCCAUGUGUUGGAGAUCCCGUCACCAACGGAGGCAUUUUUGUUCGAAGACUGGUGAAGAGCCCCCCUCCUCCAGGAUCUUUUGUCCGAUGCAACGUUGAAACCUUGACUAUGGAAUCUUAUCUCGCCGCCUGGGGACGAGCCACUGGGCUCGCGCCUGAGGAGGGCUCAACCGCCGCCGUGCAGGUUUCUCCCCAAAGCUAUGUUGAACUAUGGGGUGCCAUGGCUCAGGAACAGCUUUCACAGUGGCAGUUCUUCCAAUGGAUACAGGAUCACUACCCCCCGACGUGGGAAGGAAUCACGAUCGUGGAGGGGAUGGAUGUCUUGACUGAUGAGGACAAGAAGGAACUUCUUAGCGUUGAGGAGUCUCUGAAGCGGUACAACUGGAGCGCGCUCGAGAAGAAACCGACGGCUAAGGCUGUGACUGGCCGCUUCUCGACUUGAAGAAAUUCGGGUAGCGUUCCCGCAAGAUCCAGGAAGUUGAUUGCCUUCCACGUUCGGUACCUUGAUGCCGUGGCUAGCUCUUAUUUGGAUGACUCCUCAGUUGCAGUUGCUUGUAGUGGAAAUGCAAUGAAAUGUUACAAAGCAAGUAUAGGCUCACAAUAUGUCAUGGCAACGACUAAACCAGUAUGGGUCAAUGUUGGCAAGACAAUAUCCAGAAGUGUGAACGUAAGGUCCGUGUGUGAACACUUGGUGAGCUCAGCAUCAUGCAGGCCUUCACGGGGCACAUAUAUGUUAGUGCCUCGUUUGUUCUUGUUUCUCGUUGGUGAUUUUGCUCGCAAGGGUGGGACGGAAAGAGCUGAGGAAAUUGCGCCGGGGGAGUGGUGAUGCAGGUUAUCUAGG